AUGGCGGACGCAGAGCCGGAGGCUGAGGACGGCAGUGAGGAUGGCGGUGGCAGCGGCCGGGCUCCCGCAGGCCAGAGCGGCAGCGCUGCGCUCGUGGCCCCGCUGGGCCCCGAGCAGCUGCGGCGGGUCCUGGAGCAGGUGACGAAGGCGCAGCCACCCGCGAAGCCGCCGCCGCCCUUCGUGCUGCAGGCCUCGGCGCGGCGGCUGCGGGACGCGGCUCAGCAGGCUGCCCUGCAGCGGGGCCCCGGGGCCGAGCCCUCGCGCCCGCCGUGCCUGCUGCCGCUGCAGCAAUUGGAAGCCAUUUGUGUCAAGGUUACAUCUGGAGAGACGAAAGCUCAGGAGAAGCUGAUGCCUGCACUGGCCACCAUCCAGCCCAAGACAGCCAGGCCGAGCCAGCCGCUCGGGAGACACUGCAGCGUCGCCAGCUCUCGGCUGCUCGGGCCGCAGCCCCUCCAGCCCCGGCCACAGCCGUGUUCCCCGAGUCACUCACCUCAGCCUCCCGUUCAGGUGUUCGUCCAGAGGCCACUGCUCGCCCUCCGACCCGUCCCUGCGCGGAGAGUCUUGGCCUCUGAGGCCCUGAGUGGACAAGGCACCACGCCGCCCCCUCUGCCAGCCUCUGACCCAACGGAAGGAACAUCUGUUUCAUCCAGUCCAGUAAAUUUAUUUAUUUCCAGCUCGCAAACAAAAUGCACCAAGAAACUAAAAAAAUCUUUAAAAGUGAAAACACGUUCUGGACGGAUAUCUCGACCUCCCAAGUAUAAAGCUAAAGAUUAUAAAUUCAUAAAAACAGAGGAUUUGGCCGAUGGUCACCCCUCAGACUCUGACGACUACUCAGAACUGAGCGUGGAGGAAGUUGAAGACCACAGGGGAAGGCAGGCACUCUUUGAUUUAUCGAGCUGCUCUCUGAGGCCCAAAACUUUUAAGUGUCAGACCUGUGAAAAGUCAUAUAUAGGAAAGGGGGGGCUCGCCCGGCACUUUAAACUGAAUCUGGGCCAUGGCCACCUGGAGCCUGAGACGUUGCUGUCUAAGAAGGCCAAUGGGAGCAUGAUCCCGGGCCCCACGGAGGGCAGGACCACCAGCCUGGCAUACCCAGAGCUGUCCACGCCAGCUCUUCUAAGUGAGGAAGAGGCUCGCUCAGCACGGGGUGGCCUGCAAUGCAGACGGUUUACUGAUGGGAACGCAGGCACCAGUCCUGUAGAUCCGGUCAGUAAAACUAAUCGCAAGCAUUCUCGGCUGAUGCUGACAUGA